AAAAAAUGAAAAGAAACUGUUUGGCUUUUCAUUUAUACGGCUCAUGGAUGAUGAAGGCGGAACGACCUUCCGUGAUGGCUCUCAUGAACUUUGUGUUUAUAAGUGUGAUGAACGUGCACGAUUAAAUAAUCCUGCGGAGUACCUGACCAUGCCGUUUCUUUCCAAGGAGGCGGUAGACUGCAUAUAUUCUUUACCAUUCCAGCGAUCCCCCAAAGAAUUCAUAGUUAUUGAUACAUUACUUUGCUCAACUAAGCUUACACAAAAUGUUGAUCUGCUUUCACUUUUGAGAUGGCGUUCAGCACCCGAUGGCAUUGGAGAAACUCUGUCGAGAGUUACUCGGGUUGAUGGCGCUGAAACUGUCAAGUUCCUACAAGAUGUUUUAGAUGCCCUUUUUGCCAUGUUCUCGACAGACGAUGGCAACUCCACUCAGCAUUCAGGACAUGUCUUCCAGGCACUAGUCUUUAUAUUUAGCCUAUUAGAAGACACAAAAUUUGAACAUUUUAAGCCAGUCAUGGAUGCCUACAUUACUGGACAUUUUGCUGCUGCUUUAGUAUACAAGGGACUUAUCAGUUGUGUGAAGCACUUGUCAGAUCUUUGCCCUCAGAAUGAGAAGCAAGAACCCAUCAUGAGGUGUUUUCGAUCACUGGAGUACAUUUUUAAGUUUAUCAUUCAGUCCAGGCUCUUAUUUGCAAGGGCAACAGGUGGCCAGAAUGAGGACUCAUUUAGGAUUGAUGUGGACAACUUGUUCGAAUCUUUUGCUCACAUGCUGAAUAUGCAUUUGGAAAAUAUUGAAAAUUCACAGAUAACUUUAUUAGAGCAUCUUCAAGGAGCAUGUGAUCAACUCUGCCAAGUUUUGAGUCCUGGGGAGGUUGCUAACCAUCUCAGCAACCUCUUCAAUGCCACACCUUUCGAGAGCACGAGAGAGCUCACCCGUGCCAAACUCAAUGCCAUGAAGAAUUCCAUUAACUCUUCUUUAUUUGAUGAUGAUGAAAUAAAUUCCUAUGAUUCCACGUUGGCAGAGCGGAGAAUCGAACUCGCGACUACCGAAUGGGUAGGCGAGCAUAUAACCCACUUGUCCAACGAGGAACUACUCAUAUGUAAUGGACGAGCUGUUCUCCUAGAAACAAUCUGCACUCAUUUGAGACAACAUCUCGAGGGUCGGCAGGAGCUACGUUUAUGUGGGGAUGUCCUCUCUGAUCUAGUUAUUGUCAUCCAUAAGCAUGUCAAGAGCCACUAUAGUGGAAGGUUGCCACCUUCACUGCAUCAAGAUGUGGAAACAGUCAUGUUGACAUUGUUUGAUGUUGUCGUGCAGUUGAUCCUUUCUUUGGAGAGGACGGCACCAAGCUCAGGUACGCUAGUUGCUUGCUUAAUGGGGAUCUUGCAGUUAAUGGAAGAAGCUCAUUACAGUAGACUCUGGGAUGCUAAUGUAGGAGCAGAUGCUCAUCGCCUCCGGCAUCUCUUGUAUUCGACUACAGUCCUUUUGUCAGAUCUGGUCAGGGCAGCGGUUUUCCCUAGUGACUGGUUCGUCAUGAGGAUGGUAACCAACCACACAAUACUGACUGCCAUGCAAGAAAUAGCGCAGCCACUCAUAUCAACAUUCUUGAAACAGGGACGCUUUGAUAAUCAGCUGUGGAGCAACUAUUUGAAUUUGGCAGUUGGAUUCUUAACUCAGCCUUGUUUGCAGUUAGAACACUUUUCACAACAGAAGCGCCACAAAGUAUUAGAACGGUACAAUGACAUGAGAGUACUCAUGGGCUUCCAAAUCUUAUCCAUGUGGCAUAAUCUAGAUGAUCAUCGCCUUCAUUUUAUACCUGGGAUGGUUGGACCAUUUCUAGAGGUUACAUUAGUACCUGAACCAGAACUUCGUAAGGCAACUCUUCCUAUAUUUUUCGACAUGAUGCAGGCUGAACAACAAGCAAAGGGCAAUUUCAAACAG